CCGCUACCAACACCAUGGACGAUAUAAACGAACAGCCCAUCGACGCUGUGUUCGGAGACCGUGUGCGUCGGUUCCAAGAGUUUCUCGACAGAAUUGACAAUGAAGGAACAGACUACCGUUCUCAAAUCAAGGACAUGUUGAACAAGGGCAAAUACAGAUUGUGUGUGACCAUCGACGAAGUUAGAGAAUUUGAUAAGGAGUUCUGGCAGGGAUUGCUUAACCUGCCAGCCGAGUACUUGCCUGCGUGCGAGCGGGCUUUGAGAGAUACGGUGUUGACCAUUUACGACCCUUCGUCAGGACAGGAGUACGACCCCAACCAACAGUUCUACCUCUCGUUCAAGGGUUCCUUCGGGGGAAACCACGUCACUCCUAGACUGAUUGAUUCGGGUUACCUUUCCAAGAUGAUUUCUAUCGAAGGUAUCGUCACCCGUGCCUCGUUGAUCAGACCCAAGGUGAUUCGUUCAGUCCACUACGCUGAAAAGACUAGCAAAUUCUACGCCAGAGAGUACAAGGACCAGACCACUUCGUUCGACCCAAUCUCAACCCCUGCCAUCUACCCCACUGAGGACCUUGACGGUAACAAGUUGGUAACCGAGUACGGUUAUUCUACCUACAGAGACCACCAGAAGAUCUCAGUUCAAGAAAUGCCAGAAACCGCUCCCGCCGGUCAAUUGCCACGGUCCGUGGACGUCAUCUUGGAUGAUGAUUUAGUGGACUUGACUAAGCCGGGUGAUAGAGUCCAGCUUGUUGGUGUCUAUCGCGCAUUGGGUGGAGGCUCCAACAACAACUCUUCCUUCAAGACCGUGAUUUUAGGUAAUUCCGUGUAUCCAUUGCACAAGAGAUCGACUGGUGUUUCAUCGACCGAGAAAUUAACUGACCAAGACAUCAGAAACAUCAAUAAGCUCUCCAAGGAAAAGAAAAUCUUCGAGAUGUUGUCCACCUCUUUGGCUCCUUCUAUUUAUGGCUUUGAGUACAUCAAAAAGGCAGUCUUGCUUAUGUUGCUUGGAGGUGUGGAAAAGAACUUGGAUAACGGUACCCAUUUGAGAGGUGAUAUCAAUAUCUUGAUGGUUGGUGACCCUUCGACUGCGAAGUCUCAAAUCUUGAGAUUUGUCUUGAAUACCGCCUCUUUGGCCAUUGCAACCACAGGUAGAGGUUCUUCUGGUGUUGGUUUAACUGCUGCAGUAACCACUGACAAGGAAACCGGUGAAAGAAGAUUAGAAGCUGGUGCCAUGGUUUUGGCUGACAGAGGUAUUGUUUGUAUUGAUGAAUUCGACAAAAUGUCAGACAUCGAUAGAGUGGCUAUUCACGAAGUUAUGGAACAACAGACUGUCACCAUUGCCAAAGCAGGUAUCCACACUUCGCUUAAUGCCCGUUGCUCGGUGAUUGCAGCUGCCAACCCAGUAUUCGGUCAGUAUGAUGUCCACAAAGAUCCCCAUAAGAACAUCGCGUUGCCAGAUUCGUUGUUAUCUCGUUUCGAUUUAUUGUUCGUCGUCACUGACGAUGUGAAUCCUACCAGAGAUAGAAUCAUCUCGGAACACGUUCUUAGAAUGCACAGAUUUAUUCCUCAAGGUGUCUUGGAAGGAGAACCAAUCAGGGAAAAGUCUGGUUUGUCCUUAAGUGUUGGAGAGGAUGGUAAUAAUGAACAAGAAGAAUUAGAUCAACCAAUUUUCGAGAAAUUCAAUGCAUUGUUGCACUCCGGUGUUGCCAGAGAAGGUAACAAGAAACCACCAGUCAUUUUAUCAAUCGCUUUCCUCAAGAAAUACAUUCAAUAUGCGAAACAAAGAAUAAGGCCCACAUUGACCAAGAAGGCCAGCGACUACAUUGUUAGCACCUACUCGUCCUUGAGAAAUGAUUUGAUUGACAAUAAUCAAAGGCACACUGCUCCAAUUACUGCCAGAACAUUGGAAACCUUAAUUCGUUUAUCGACUGCCCAUGCAAAGGUCAGAUUGUCUAAAACAAUCGAUGUUAAGGACGCAAAGGUUGCAGAAGAAUUGUUGAGGUACGCCUUAUUCAAGGAAGUAACUAAGAAGAGCAAAACCAAGAAGCAAAGGACUGGUGCGCUAGUUUCUGAAAGUGAGGAAGAAGAAGAGGAGGAGGAAGAAGAAGAGGAAGAAGAAGAAUUCAAUGAUGAUGUUGGUGAAGUUGUCAGACCAAGCUCGACCAGAACAAGACUCAGAGCCCAGCAGCCAACACCUCCAAACGAGGAUCUUCAGAAUGACCUUAAUAACUUGAACCUUUCUGAGCCCCAGCCAUUGUCGUCCAAUUCCAAGGUCAAUGAAGCCGAUGGUGAACAUAUCAGUAGCGAAAGAUAUGAUGCUUUCUUAAAGAUCAUGGCAAAGCUUGUUCAAACCGAUUUGUUUAGUGCAGAAGAAUCGGCACCAGUAGAUGCCGUAUUCGAAGCAAUCAACGAGAAUCUUGAACAGGAGGAAUUGUUUGACACUGAAGAAAUCGAGGCUGGAUUCGACAGGAUGAGCAAAGAGAAUAAGAUGUACAUUGGUGAAGGGAAGGUAUGGAAGGUUUGAGGUUGUGUACAGUGUUGAUGUUAUCGCGAAUGGGUUGGUUUUACGUGCUGAAAGCUCACGCCAAAUACUAGCGGGAUGGGCCUCUUUAGCACCUAAAUAUUUAGUUCUGU